GUGACGUCAGGCGCAGAGGCCGGAGCUGUCCAUCAGCACCAAAGGCCGCGGGCGGGCUCAGGGCAUGGGGCCGCGGCUUUGGGGCGGCCCGAGCCCCUGCUCCUGCUCCUCUCCCUUUCCCAGGCCCAGUCUGAGUCCCCAGACGCCGUGGGACUGGAGUGCCAGCCGGUGUUGGAGGGGGAGCGGCGACGCCGCCGCCCAGAGAACGGUCUCUCCGGCCCCGCAGCCCCCUUCCCUGCACGGCGGACUUUUUCCCGGACCCCAGUCAGUUGGAGCCUCUGGCGUCCCGCCAUCCCGGCCUCUCCGGCCUCUGCACAGCUUCUUUCGCCCAGAAGCUCAGGUCGCCUCCAGCCCAGGUUGACCUGGGAGGGUGAUUCCCUUUGGUUACCAACACUAUGCCAGGCACUGUGGAGACACUGCGGUUCCAGCUGCUGCCUCCCGAGCCAGAUGACGACUUCUGGGGCGCACCUUGUGAACAGCCCCUGGAGCGCAGGUACCAGGCGCUGCCGGCCCUCGUCUGCAUCAUGUGCUGUUUGUUUGGAGUCGUCUACUGCUUCUUCGGUUACCGCUGUUUCAAGGCAGUGCUCUUCCUCACUGGGUUGCUGUUUGGCUCGGUGGUCAUCUUCCUGCUGUGCUACCGAGAGCGGGUGCUGGAGACGCAGCUGAGUGCUGGGGCGAGCGCAGGCAUCGCACUGGGCAUCGGGCUGCUCUGUGGGCUGGUGGCCAUGCUGGUGCGCAGCGUGGGCCUCUUCCUGGUGGGGCUGCUGCUCGGUCUGCUGCUCGCUGCUGCCGCCCUGCUGGGCUCUGCGCCCUACUACCAGCCAGGCUCUGUAUGGAGCCCACUGGGGCUGCUGCUGGGGGGUGGCCUGCUCUGUGCCCUGCUCACGCUGCGCUGGCCCCGCCCACUCACCACCCUCGCCACAGCCGUGACUGGUGCCGCACUCAUCGCCACCGCCGCUGACUACUUUGCUGAGCUGCUACUGCUGGGGCGAUACGUGGUGGAGAGACUGCGGGCUGCACCUGUGCCCCCCCUCUGCUGGCGGAGCUGGGCCCUCCUGGCACUCUGGCCCCUGCUCAGCCUGAUGGGCGUUCUGGUGCAAUGGCGGGUGACAGCCGAGGGGGACUCCCACACGGAAGUGGUCAUCAGCCGACAGCGACGACGUGUGCAGCUGAUGCGGAUUCGGCAGCAGGAAGAGCGCAAGGAGAAGCGGAGGAAGAAAAGACCCCCUCGGGCUCCCCCCAGAGGUUCCCAGGCUCUUCCAAGGCCUGGUCCCCCUGACCCUGCUUAUCGGCGCAAGCCAGUGCCCAUCAAACGCUUCAAUGGAGAUGUCCUAUCCCCGAGCUAUAUCCAGAGCUUCCGGGACCGGCAGACUGGGAGCUCACUGAGCUCCUUCAUGGCCUCGCCCACAGAUGUGGACUAUGAGUAUGGGUCCCGGGGGCCACUGACAGCCUGCUCUGGCCCCCCUGUGCGGGUAUAGCAGUAUUCCCACCUGUCUAGACUCUGCAGUCACCAGCUCUGCCAGCUUAGAGAGGCCUGCCAGGCCACUACCCAGCCUGUCUGGCCCUGCGGACUUUGGCGGUGGUCCCUCUUCCCCAGCUGGAGAGGGCUGGCCCAGCCACUAGAAGGGAGGAUCUGUCUCACGCUAGGCCUGGCCUGAGUGGAGAGCCCCCUCCCAUGCUCCUGAGGGGCUUCUGUGGGUUGUGGGGUGUGAGCCCUUUUGGGAUGUGCUCAGGGUUAUAAGUGUGUCACCUGUGUGUGUGUAUGUGUGUUUGGGGGGCGGGGUAGGUUUGGAGGGGACACUGAGAUCCUUGCCUUUGACUUCUGAUUGGCAGAGCUUCCCCAGGGUUGGCCCCGCCUCUUCUCCCACUACUGGGGUCCCCCGGGCCACUCUCCUGCAUGUCUAAGAGGAGGAGGCCUGCCUUCUUCCCCAUCGCUCUAUCACCCCACCAAACUCAUCUAAGAGUACUUGUCCUCGUCCACAGGGCAGCACCCCUUACCCUGGUUCCCUGGCCUCUGAAAAGCCACCAGCAUGAGGUCAGGGGCAGGGGAUGGGGGUGGGGGGUGAUGCUCUGGGUUGGGUUGGGGAGGGGGUUGGAGGGAGAGGGGCUUAAAUGCACGGUGCAUGUCUGGUGUCUGUUAUGCCACCCCAGACACCUCAUGCUUAUGUCUCCCCCCAACUCUAUCCUGUUUUACAUCUUUUAUAAAUGUGCCAAACUGUGUGGCCUCUG